CGCCGCCGAGGGCUUCCCGCCGAGCCCGGAGGGGCGUCGCGACACGCAGCCCGCCACUGCCCCCGGCUCGCCCUUCCCCUUUGUCCCCAGGCGCGCGGUUCCCAAAUUGGGAGGGAAAACGGCUCGAGGGUGGGCCCGGGCCGCGGCGGCCGCGCCGGGUGGGCGGGGAGCCCGGAGGACCUGGGCGCGCACUUCGGCGGUGCUCGCAACUCCUCGGGCGGUUAGGGGCGCAGCGCCGCGCCGGGGCGCUUCGCGGGCUGGUCUUUGUCUCCGGAUGCUCGGCCCCUGACAGCUCUCCGGGCGACGUGCGGUUCGUCUGGCUCUUUCCUUAUCAUCACUGCCAGGACGCCUGUCUCGAGGGAAUCUGGAAAAGUUGGAAGCAAAGCAUCAUUUCCCUAAGAAAAUUUUGGAUAACAGAAAUUCUGGAUAACAGGGCAAACCAGUUCAGUCACCAUGAGUUGGAGCUUCCUCACUCGUCUGCUGGAGGAGAUCCACAACCAUUCAACAUUUGUGGGGAAGAUCUGGCUCACUGUACUGAUCGUCUUCCGGAUCGUCCUUACAGCUGUAGGAGGAGAGUCCAUCUAUUACGACGAGCAGAGCAAGUUUGUGUGCAACACAGAGCAGCCAGGCUGCGAGAACGUCUGCUAUGAUGCCUUUGCGCCCCUCUCCCACGUGCGCUUCUGGGUGUUCCAGAUCAUCCUGGUGGCAACGCCCUCAGUGAUGUACCUGGGCUAUGCCAUUCAUAAGAUUGCCAAAAUGGAGCACGGCGAAGCAGACAAGAAGGCAGCUCGGAGCAAACCCUAUGCGACGCGUUGGAAGCAGCACCGAGCUCUGGAAGAAACGGAAGAGGACCAUGAAGAGGACCCCAUGAUGUAUCCAGAAAUGGAAUUAGAAAGUGAAAAAGAAAAUAAAGAGCAGAACCAAUCUAAACCUAAGCAUGAUGGCCGACGGCGGAUUCGGGAGGAUGGACUCAUGAAAAUCUAUGUGCUGCAGCUGCUGGCAAGGACCGUGUUUGAGGUGGGUUUUCUGAUAGGGCAGUAUUUUCUGUAUGGCUUCCAAGUCCACCCAUUUUAUGUAUGCAGCAGAGUUCCUUGCCCUCAUAAGAUAGACUGCUUCAUUUCUAGACCCACUGAAAAGACCAUCUUUCUUCUGAUAAUGUAUGGUGUGACAGGCCUUUGCCUACUGCUUAACAUUUGGGAGAUGCUUCAUUUAGGAUUUGGGACAAUUCGAGACUCGCUAAACAGUAAAAGGAGGGAACUGGAAGAUCCGGGUGCUUAUAAUUAUCCUUUCACUUGGAAUACACCAUCUGCUCCCCCUGGCUAUAACAUUGCCGUCAAACCAGAUCAAAUCCAGUACACCGAACUGUCCAACGCUAAGAUCGCCUACAAGCAAAACAAGGCCAACAUUGCCCAGGAACAACAGUACGGCAGCCAUGAGGAGACCCUCCCCGCGGACCUGGAGACUCUGCAGAGGGAGAUCAGAAUGGCUCAGGAACGCCUGGAUCUAGCAAUCCAGGCCUACAAUCACCAAAACAACCCUCAUGGUCCCCGGGAAAAAAAAGCCAAAGUGGGGUCCAAAGCUGGGUCCAACAAAAGCAGUGCUAGUAGCAAAUCAGGGGAUGGGAAGACCUCCGUCUGGAUUUAAUCUGGCUGGGCUUAAAAUCUGUGCUUCUCAUAGUUUAUGGUAAGCAGCAGCUCACUGAAUAAUGACUUCCAUUGAGUAAACAUUUGGCUCUGGUUGUCUUCAGGGAUGCUGUUGGCUCGUGAUCCAAGCUCAGGGGACUCUGAAGGUGGGGCUGGGACAAGGGGGAGAGAACGGGAAACACAGCGUUCCUGGACACACGUUCCAGCAGUAAUACCGUCACAGAACUUUACAUUUGUGUCUUCCAGAUCUGGAAAGGAAAAGAUAUAUUUAAAUCACUCUUGUUGAACAGUUUUUGUAUGUACAGUAUUAUGAUACUUUUUUUUUAGUAUGAGAACUUUUUUUGUAUUUGUACAUUGGACUGCUGUAGUUACACUUUUAUAUUAAAGGGGAAAAAAUCCUUGAGGUCAUGCCUAUUAGGCUAGUGUUAUUAUUUUGUUCAGCAAAUUCUACCCUGGGUUUAAAGUUUUAAUAGAUGCUACACACCUAAUAAAAGUGCCUCUUGUGUUGCAGGGAAGACUUCAGAUAUAUAAGUAGCCAGAGGAGGAUGAGUCAGUUCUCAGUCUUGGAAAGAAAGUCCACAGUUGAUCUAAUCUCUUUGACUUGAGAAAUCUUUGAAUCUCAAUUCUUGUGCCCAGAGUUGUAUCUAGUCUUUGAAAACCAAUUUGUAUUUUCAAAGAAGAGAAGCGAUUUCACUGCAGGAUACCUUUACACAUUAAGCCUCAUCAGUGUAUGCUUUGGUGGUGUGUAUACAGUCAGUUCUUCCAGAAGGCUGGUGCACAAAGCUGCCCUGAUCCAGUAGCUGUGGAGACCCUGGCUAGAACUGUUACUGAGAUUCCUCUAUCACAAAAUAAAGCCACACCUGAAAAAUAAGCCCUGAUAAGGUAUUUAGUUUGUGGACCUAUUGAUUUGCCUUAAAUCUCUAUCCGAAAACCUGCCUCUCUCUGGUUUCCUAAGAAGCCAGUGACGGAUAUUUUCUUUAUAUGUUAACAGUAAAAAUACAGAAAUUCCCUUCUAAGCUAAGAUUAAUUAAAGCUACUUAUACUGCACAUGGCGGAAAGCCUAAAUUCAAAUUCUCUAUUUUUUUAUAAUUUACCGUGGAACUUUCAUAAUACACAUAUUUCUGCCAGUGUAGGUUUCUGUCUGAAAGACCAGUCAGACCUGGAAUUCUAUCUGUAAAUAGACAUAAAGAGAAUUUCAGUAUUUAUUCGCUGUAGGCGUUAUCUUUUUGUCAGUGACAACCGUUAAUGUUCACAUAACACUUGUAGUUUGCAGUAGUAUUUUAUUGCCAUUUUCAACCUCAUGUUGGAGAGUUUUGCUCUCCUGUCAUGUUCACACAUCAUUUGUUUUAUAGUUUAUGAGCUUCUGAGUAAGAGCUUGGUAAAGAUUUAAAGGAGAGGGUAUUUGCUUCACCAGGGAGCAUUUCAUUUGGGGUAUCUCACUCUAACAGAAGUUGUUGCAAGCCAUCUCCAACUUUGAAAUUCCAAAAGUGUUAUUCUUUUUAUGUCUUAAUUUUUAAAUGUCAGUUUUCCAUUAUGUAGGAGGAGUCUAGAACAGCAUCCUUUGUGCAGUUCUUUUUUUUCUUUGUUGUUCUCCAUUGCAUUUCUCACCCCCCCCCCAAAAAAAAGUUGAAAAUUUAAGCUUAGUUCUAGCCAUGCAUUUACCUUUAUUUUGCUUUUUUUUAAUUUGAAAUUUUAGCCUAGAGAAGCUCCUCAGGAUCUCUAAACACUUAAGCAAAAGGUAAAUUCCAGUGAGGCUAAAGAGGAAAUUUUGGAAAAUGAUUUAUACAUGUAUGUAUCCUGGAUAAUUAAUCAGCAUGCACAGUUUCCUUCAAACCAGAUGUUUAAUAAGAAAAUUCAAAUAAUUAUUCUAAAACAGGCAUUAAAUAUUUAAGUCUAGCUAGGAUUAAGAACAACCAAUUAAUUCUUAUGUCAGUAGAACUUAAUGCAUAUUUCUUAAUUGAAGGACAGAAAAAAAUACCCGUACAUUCACGUCCAUCUCUUCAGAGCCUGAAGGAGAAGAGAGUGGCUUUGCCAGUGGAAAGAUUGGGGAUUUGAGAGUGAUGGAGAGGGAAGGAGUCAAGCAGAAAUGCCAGGCAGACAUUUGGCGCCAGAAGCAUCCACUUAGUUUCUACAAAGAGUGCCCCUGGUGUUUCAUCUUGGCUUAUUCUGAUGAGAAUGUUAUCUUUUGUGUCUGGAUAAUUCUUGAACUUCCUGAAGUACAUAGAAAGCUAUUCUGACUCACUUCGCAUGUGUUAAAGUCUAUUUUUAUUCUCUUACUAAAGUUCCAAUUAUGACAUAGGUUUCCCAGCUCUCACUGCUUUCUUGGUCCAUUUCUUUCAGCCUUUGAACAUGUGAGUUUGCCAAAGCCAUUCUCCCCUAAUAACAUGUCAUGGACCUACAUUAAGAAAACGUGUAGCUUAGCCCAUUAACUGGGUCUACAUUGAAUCCAUAAAAAUGCUGUGCCAGUUAACUGCCCUGGACCUUACAGGUGUAUGUGUAAAAUACCUGUCGGUAGUUUUUUCCUAUCAAAAAUCAUAUUCCUUUGAAUUACUGUAUAAGACCUGCUCUGUCAUAUGACAUUUGCUUCUCGUAAUAGAAUUUGAGUGCUUAGUCCUUCACAGAGUACAAUCAGGCUACGAUCAACAUGUUUCUAUUCCUUAACCUACUACUGGAUUUAUUCGGAUGCGGUGUGUCCUUUGCACAUCUUUGUUAUUCUGAAGAGAUUUGUAAAACAAACAGGCUUUUUUUUCUUGUCAAAUGUGAGGGAAGAAUUAUUAGAUAACUUUUUCUCCUAAAGAAAUGUUAAUAUUCGUUUUGUGGCUUCUUCUUUGCUUUAUGACUUCGUUUUCCCUGUUUCUAUAUUUGUUUAUUUAAAAUCACAAGUGUUAUUUCCUAAGAAGUCAGUUUUUCUGAUGAUUUUCCUCAACUGAUGUCUAUAGAAUUACUUUUGAUAGAAAUGAACUUUGCCAUCUAAAAACAGUUCUCACAGGUUAGGGGCUUUCACAUCUCUCUUUCAGAAGGACACCUGUAUCUUUAAAGAGAAAAGUCGUCAUUAGGUACCUUAACUGUCAUGCCUUCGUGGUAUGAAAUUAGGCAGUUCUUUUUACCCUUCCAAGUUCCACAGCCACUUACCUCUCAAGUGUUAGGAGGUAGUUGGAGAAAGUCUCUGGUACAAGGCCAAAUAAAAGGCCAACUCUUAUUAUUGGUGGUUUGAGCUUGGAGCUUCAGAAGAAAUAGCUGAAAGAACUGUGUGAUGUAGUAAGAGGUCCUUCAGUGCCCUUUAUCCCAGGAAUCAGUGAUUGGUUAAAACACGUAACUUGCUCUAAGCAUUUAUACCAAGAAUGGACUUAAAUGUUAUUCCUAUUAGUCAUACCUUUGCUUUAUCCAUUACGUUUAUAAAUGUCCGUGUUUUAUGCUGUCUCAUUUAAAAGACAGUACACUUCUAAAAAUAACACCUAUAGUUUAUCAUAAAAUCUUGGCCAGCCAGUUUUUGGUAAAAGGCAAGUGUGUUAUACUUGAACCUACUUCAAGAGAUGCCUUUUUAUAAAGGAAAGGUUUUACCCAACUGUGAAGAAAAGUACCUGAAGUCAUAGACACACAGUUGCUGGUCAUUUUGAUUGGAAGGGUUCAGAUAUUAAUUUUAUCUUUAUAAAAUCAUGUAAUUUCAUGAAGAAUCUUACCACCCGAAAACAAUAAAGCCCCUGUAGAUAUACAGUGUAGAGUUUUGAGAGGAACUAUUUCAACUCACCUAUAUAUCAUAAAUCUGUAAUAAUUCACAGUCACCAUUAAAUGUUAGAAUCAUUAAGUUGACUUGCAUACUUGUCGCUCACUCUGGCCACGUAUCAUGGAGAAUUAGAAGAUUUUAUUUGUUGUCUCUAAUGCAGUUGUGUUCUGUUGUUUUAAUAAUGAUGUUAAGCAAGUGUGGUUCACGUACAUUCCAUGUUAAUAAUCAUACUUUUUAAAGAAGCAGUCCACGUAUUCCAAAAUUCAAGAGUCCAAACAAAAGAAAGCCCUACUUGCAUGUGAAAUCUCUACAGAAGUAAAAAGUAAACGAGUUCUGCAUUUCAGGGUUGGCAUGUCGAACCAGCAGAGACGUUGGGCUAUAUGCUUCCGAGAUGGAAAUGUUUUCCUUUAUUGUACUCUCAAUUGUGUUUCUUUAAUAAACCUUGCAGAAGUCUCUACCUCAGGCACUAAGUGUUAGAUAUGGUUAGCAUACUGAUACCGAAAAACUUAGCUAGGACUUCCAACCUUUUAAAAUAAUUUAAAUGUAAAAUUCAACUGUUAACCAGCAAUUUAUGUCAUGUGAUGUGCAGUUUGGAUAUUGUAUGAACAGCUAAGGAAUUACCUAUUCUAGUGCCAAAGAUGACUCGUUGCUAAUUUUGUUCUGUAUAGGUGAUGUAAAUCUUUAUGGUGGGGACAGACUCUGUUCAGGGACUUGUCUCUAGGAAGAUUUUGUCAGUUCCAAAUGUUUCUGUCAGUUGCAAAUACAGUUUAGAAGAUUCA